GAGUGCCAGAUAUACGGGUCUGGUCAUUGAAACGGUUAAGCCGGUGACCUCAAAAGUACCUUGACAUGGAGCAUUGUCUUUCUUGUCGGGGGCGGGACGUAAGGUCAGGACAGUCCCCUUUAUGAGACACACCCCGGGACACCGUGCAACUUUCUGGCAAACUUGAGGAUUCAGAAGCGGGACUAGUCGCACUGUGUGAAGUUGGCAAUGGGAAAGGUUGUCAUUCUGAGAGACACCUUCAAGCCCCUCCGUUUGUCCAUGAAACCUUGGAUGCCCAUUUUGCCCUGUCUUUAUCUGAGAGCAGGGGGUGGAAUAGCAAAUGGGCAAGACUUUGCCCCUCCUCUAUCACAAAGCCUUUUCGACAAGGUGUUGGUUCUUCACUUGAGUCUGUCACCUAGUUGCGACUGUUGAGGCAAGGGACGUGGUGAAUUCUGAUUGUGCAAAGGAAAAUAUGGAAACGCUUCACGAAUUUGCGUGUCAUCCUUGCGCAGGGGCCAUGCUAAUCUUCUCUGUAUCGAUUCCAAUUUAUUAUAUGUGCUGCCGUAGCAAGCACAUUGGGCCCACAGUUGGCGGACACCCUUUGAACCCUUUGUGGUUGGCCUCACGCCUUCGCAGUGGUGCAGACCGGAGUGAUUCAGUCGCUGUGAACAUGACCGCAGUGAGGAAUGGCGUAUGCUCCUCACCAGAGGCAUCGUUUUUGCUAUUUGUUGAGAGUGCCAGAUAUACGGGUCUGGUCAUUGAAACGGUUAAGCCGGUGACCUCAAAAGUACCUUGACAUGGAGCAUUGUCUUUCUUGUCGGGGGCGGGGCGUAAGGUCAGGACAGUCCCCUUUAUGAGACACACCCCGGGACACCGUGCAACUUUCUGGCAAACUUGAGGAUUCAGAAGCGGGACUAGUCGCACUGUGUGAAGUUGGCAAUGGGAAAGGUUGUCAUUCUGAGAGACACCUUCAAGCCCCUCCGUUUGUCCAUGAAACCUUGGAUGCCCAUUUUGCCCUGUCUUUAUCUGAGAGCAGGGGGUGGAAUAGCAAAUGGGCAAGACUUUGCCCCUCCUCUAUCACAAAGCCUUUUCGACAAGGUGUUGGUUCUUCACUUGAGUCUGUCACCUAGUUGCGACUGUUGAGGCAAGGGACGUGGUGAAUUCUGAUUGUGCAAAGGAAAAUAUGGAAACGCUUCACGAAUUUGCGUGUCAUCCUUGCGCAGGGGCCAUGCUAAUCUUCUCUGUAUCGAUUCCAAUUUAUUAUAUGUGCUGCCGUAGCAAGCACAUUGGGCCCACAGUUGGCGGACACCCUUUGAACCCUUUGUGGUUGGCCUCACGCCUUCGCAGUGGUGCAGACCGGAGUGAUUCAGUCGCUGUGAACAUGACCGCAGUGAGGAAUGGCGUAUGCUCCUCACCAGAGGCAUCGUUUUUGCUAUUUGUUGAGAGUGCCAGAUAUACGGGUCUGGUCAUUGAAACGGUUAAGCCGGUGACCUCAAAAGUACCUUGACAUGGAGCAUUGUCUUUCUUGUCGGGGGCGGGACGUAAGGUCAGGACAGUCCCCUUUAUGAGACACACCCCGGGACACCGUGCAACUUUCUGGCAAACUUGAGGAUUCAGAAGCGGGACUAGUCGCACUGUGUGAAGUUGGCAAUGGGAAAGGUUGUCAUUCUGAGAGACACCAUCAAGCCCCUCCAUUUGUCCAUGAAACCUUGGAUGCCCAUUUUGCCCUGUCUUUAUCUGAGAGCAGGGGGUGGAAUAGCAAAUGGGCAAGACUUUGCCCCUCCUCUAUCACAAAGCCUUUUCGACAAGGUGUUGGUUCUUCACUUGAGUCUGUCACCUAGUUGCGACUGUUGAGGCAAGGGACGUGGUGAAUUCUGAUUGUGCAAAGGAAAAUAUGGAAACGCUUCACGAAUUUGCGUGUCAUCCUUGCGCUACCCGGAGCCCCUUCUUCUCUGUUUCAAUUGUUUCAUUUCCCAGGAGCCAAUGAGACGCCUCAGAGCUUGUUUCAAUUCUCGGCCGACCAAUCAAAGGAUCCACGGUUUGCGCGUCCAAUCAGAUGCUCUAUUUGUUUCAAUUCUGACUUCUCGAUCCGCCAUGUUGGAUCACCGCUGGACUGCCGUCUCAUUCUAACAAUACUCGGCAGACAUGGAACACCCUACAUUCCGGAGGGCCCCUAACGGGACCAUCCUGCUCAAGGCCUCCCCAGCGGCCCAGGCCCUUUUCACGCAGCAGCCCCCCAGUGCCCAGGCGCCUUACAGGGCAAAGAAGCCGGAGGAGGUGGACUCGGAGGCCUGGGCUCACGUCGUCUCCGAGGGCGGUGACACCGCCAACGCCGCCCUGGUCCUGAGCCGGUGGAAGGUGCAGUUUGGCCGCUACCAGGGCAGAACCUUCCACUGGCUCCUGGAGAACGACGUGGGCUACAGCGUCAAUCUGGUCGCCUCCCACCAGAAGGAGCGCGAGAGGACGCAGUCUGAGUCCCCGCUGAUGGCCAACAAGGACGCCUUCACCCGCUACUCCUCCGCCUAUCCUGACUUCGUGGAGGCUGUCAGGUUCCACCGGGCAUUUGAGGAGGCGCGGGCGAAUUCCCUCCAGCCCGGUCAGGAGGGACGGGCCCUUGUUGGCUUCGGGGACUUCAAAUUUGAGACCCUGGAGAGCCUCUACGAGUCGACGGACAACAAAAAGAUCCGUUUUGUCAAGUACCUGCGGAGGACGUCACCAGCUCCAGGGACGCAGAUGGAGAACGCCGUCCAGUAUGUGCGCAGCAGAGACAGGCAGAGGAUGAAAGCUGCUGCUGGAGCAUCUACCUCCUCCACCGCCUCCACCUCCAGCAGCAGCGCAGCCUCUGCAUCGGCCGCAAGCCAGAGAGCCACGAGUGCAUCACAGCCUCUUGGUCCAGCGCUUGUGGGGUUUGUCUCUGGGCGGCGUUCUCUAUCUGCUGUGCAGAUGCAGGCCCAGGUGAAGAAGCUGGUGGCCCCUAAGCCUGCAUCUACAGCCUCCCACUUCAGCCCCUUCAGACCAGCUCUGUCCUCCCCCCGGUCAUCUGUGGAGCCUACAGAUGAAGAGCUGGUCAAGGCGGUAGUUGACUUGGAGACCUCCUCGAUUGCAAAGGCUCCCCUUUUGCGCCUGCCACCACCCGCUGCUGCUGCUGCUGCCGCCGCCGCCUCCUCCUCCUCCUCAGCACCUCCUCCUCCGGGAGCCGGUGUCUCUACUCUGCUGGACGAGCCCACAGACGAGGAGCUGCUGGAAGCCUCGCAGGAGAUAGACCCCCUGGUGGAACCUCCUGCAGCCCUCGUCGUGGUUCAGCCUGCCGGGACACCGGCUCCCUCGCCUCCAGCCGCCCCCUUGACGCCGUCCGCACCCGUCGCCGUGGAGGAACGGGAGGAGUUCCUCCCUCCCCCUCCAUCUUCUGCCAGUGAGUUGCUGCCUCAGUCCUGGAGGGCAGCUCUCACUGUGGAGCAGCAGCAGUGGAUCGGCCGGGUGCUGUUUACCAGGGACAGCCAGGGGAGGCCUCGGCUCGUGCGCGAGCUCAACCUAUGGUGGACCCCCCCCCAAACCCGGCCGGUCUACAGCCAGCCUCCCGCAUCCCCCGACCCCUUCUUCGCAUGUCGGCUGUUCCUCUGGAUGCCACACCGGCUUUGGCGUCUGCAGCUGACAUGCCCCCAGCCUUCGUGCUCUGGGUCCCUGAUGAAGGCUGGGCUGUACAGGACCAUCCGGAGGGUCCUGGACAUCGACGGCUGGUACCUCAUGGCCACCGAGUACCUGGAGUGCCGUCGGUGUAAGAAGAAGGUCGGGGGGUGGUCACAGGGCAUCAUCAGGCAGCUGUCCCCCACCCACAGCUGCCAGUUCCCAGCUGUACUCACGUACAAGCUGUCCUGUGACAUGAGGGUGGUGAUACAGCUGAGGUCCCGCACUCUGGGGAACAGUGCCAACCAGCUGUACAACACCCUGCGGGAGCAGCACUCGGACGCCUGGAUGCGGAGAGCCAUCAAGUACCUCGGCGUGUGCGAGCCAUUCCUGGCCUUGUGCUCGGCGAGGGGGCAGUUUCCACCUCCGCCCGAGAUGCCCCCUCUGCCAUCCCCCGUCUGGCUGCUGACCGCGUACAGCUACGACGUCCUGGCGCGGCUGGAUGAGUACAAGGCCAGGAUCACGUCCACCUUCGGGUCCAUCAUAAAGAUGGACUCCACCAAGAAGGUGACAAAGAAGCUCGCGGGUAUCGCCUCCGACACGGCCGCCUGGGCUACCAACGUCGGCAAUGAGCACGGGCAGGUCCUCAUGAGCGUCCUCACCUCCACCGAGAGCGCCGGGGGCCUGUCCGGGAUGGCGGCCGGCUUGAUGAGGCGGUACCGACUCGCCGGGGUACCUCCCCCCCAGCUGAUCUACGUGGACCGCGACUGCUGCAACAGGGACGGCGUGUCAAAGACAGCUGUCUUGUUUCAGGAGUGGGAGCAUCUCGUGGUGAGACUGGACAUCUGGCACCUGAUGCGACGCUUCGCAUCAGGUGUCAACACCGAGAGCCACGAGCUGUACCCCACCUUCAUGAGGCAGCUGUCUAACUGCAUCUUUGAGGUGGACGCCGGAGAUGCACGCCGUCUCGCAGAGGCUAAGCGGUCCCAGCUGGAGGGGAAGCACGGGAUGGUUGGACUGACGGACGCCGCGGUGAACCUGAGGAUCUCCAAGGAGGAGUGGAGGCUCCACGUCCGCCGUAGGACACGCGGGCCUGAGGAAUCGGCCCUCCUCAUCCAGGAGCUCCUCGACACCUUCGGUGGACCGGCAGGACGCAACAACCUGGGCAUCCCGUUGCUCAACGCUCUCCGCAUCCAGGAAAUAUGGAGUACGCAGAGGACCCACCUCAGCUGCAUCCAGGACCCGCCAGGUGUGCAGCUGUACACCCAGACGGGCCGGCUGACCAAGGGAGGAGUCAGCCUGCCCGUAUAUCGCUGCGCGAGGGGCUCCACCUCUCUGGAGUCCUUCCACCUCCACCUUAACCGGUUCAUCCCAGGGACCCGGGCCAGCGCCAAGCACUUCCAGGCGUUCCUGGUGGAUGGACUGGUGAGGUGGAACGAGGACCGCGCAGGGGCAGCUGCACCACCACCGGCUGCAGACGAGGGACGGCUGGGACCUCUGCACUCCUACAGUGGCCACCUCAAGCACGUCCUUAACCAGAAGAGCCAAAGAGUGCUUGGUCUUCAGAUGGUUAAGGACUUCACCGAGCCGGCUGAGUACACAGGGGAGCUCAUCGGAGUGGAGUACCUGUACCAGCAGACCGGCAAAGUGCUUGAGGACGUCAGCCUGGACCCUGACACUCCGGACGAGGCUCCUGCCAUCGAGGCGCUGGAGGAGGAUGAGGGCAUCGAGGAAGACGUAGAGGACCCUACCGUCUUCGGGCCCGAUACUCCGUCCUCCAGCGUGGCAGCAGCCCGGUCAGGUGAUCCAGCUGACGCACCGUCUGAGCCAUCCCGUUCGGGUCAAGUUGCCCCUCCUGAGGCCCCAGAGGUUCAGGACCCUGAUCCCCAGCAGCCCUCCUCAGACUCUGAAGAGGACAUCCAGGGUCCUGAUGGCCAGCCCGGGUACCGGCACAUCCUGAAGCUGGCCCAGGCGCUGGUGGAAGGGAGGAACCUUCUGGGGCUGUCUGAGAGUAGGGUAGACCGACUCAUCCUGCUUUGAACUCGCUUGGCGGAGCAGGACAAGCGGCGAGUCGACUACCCUCCCAGAUACCGGGAGAGGCAACCAAAGGGGCGGUUCAAGGCAGCGAAGGGGAAGAACACCUCCUGUGCUGGAAAGGAGAGUCUCCAACGCUGCCUCCCCGGGGUCAACUCGGGGCCUUCCACCUGGCCCAGCGCCAGUCGCCUGGUGGAGGCCAUUUGCACUUGAAAACUCCGGCCAGCGCCUCCAGAGAGCACUUCUGCCUGACGGAGUCCGCAUCGGUCCCGGGGACGUUGAAUAAAAUGAGGGGCGGCGGCAGACACUCAGAGCAGCAGAGGCGGCAAAGGCCGGUUGAGAGUCUGGAGACUCCGGCGUCGAUAUGAGCGAACUGAACCAGGCUCCUGCCCGGAGGGCCGUGACUCUGGAGCGCAAUGCCACUUAUCUCAAAAGCAGUAAACGUGCACCUCCAUAGUAAAACACCUCCAACCAUCUGAGUUUGUAUACACAAGAUAGAUUCUGUGACACAAUACUAAUUUAUCUUUUAAUUGCUUCAUGUUCUAUAUCGAUGUUGUGGUGCCAAUCCAAGUUGUUGGUAGAAGGCUAAUUCAUACCACCGGAUUGGCGACGGUUGGUAAAGCUGUACAAAAGUCCAAAGCAUGUGAAUUAAGCAGUUUUCUUCUAGCAGACUUUAAUGCCUCAAACAUAGUUUAAGAAAUAAAUAAAAUACUUUUGGAUAUCAUGUCAUCAAAAGCCACACGAUUGAGAUUAAUGAGGUCAAACACCUUCAUAACGAGCACUGUGGAAUUUUAACCGGCCGUUGGGAUUAACAGACAGUUUACAAGGCUAACUGAACACGACUGAAUGUCUCUUGUUUUAACUGUCACCUGAUUUGUAUGUACGUGUUCUCAUGUUUAUUUUUUAAUUGAAGUGAAGAAUUUCAGAAUAUUAUAAUAAUAAAUAAAGAAAUAACUCAU